AUGCCAGCCAUUGGAAUAGAUCUGGGUACCACAUACUCGUGCGUCGGCGUGUGGCAGCACGGCAACGUGGAGAUCAUCGCCAACGACCAGGGCAACCGCACCACACCAUCCUAUGUGGCCUUCACGGACACGGAGCGCCUCAUCGGAGACGCAGCCAAGAACCAGGUCGCCCUCAACCCCAACAACACGGUGUUCGACGCCAAGCGACUGAUCGGAAGGAAAUUCGACGACCCCAAGAUCCAGGCAGACAUGAAACACUGGCCCUUCAGGGUGGUCAGCGACUGCGGCAAACCGAAGAUCCAAGUGGAGUUCAAGGGGAAACGAAACGGUUCGCGCCCGAGGAGAUCAGCAGCAUGGUGCUGA